AUGUCGGCCCAAAAUGGUCAUGAGAAGCCUCUUGACAUCUCCUCCAACCCUACCGAUAUCAUCACACGCGAUCGUUCCCCACAGGCUGGAAGCUCCGAUGGCGAAGGAGGCGAACGGAGUGCACGAGAGAAAUUGAAGAAGACAUCGAUCGCAGGCUUGGUUCAGAAAGUGAAGGAAUCUCAUGGGGAAGAUUUCGGCGAAAAUGAUACACUCCUGACCGAGUCAAGCGAUCUGCCAACAGAAAACGGAAGUAGAGGGCGACCGUCCAAGAAACGGUCGUUUGAAGAUCUACAGAACGAUGAAUCUGGCUUGAGUGUUGAGAAUGGUGGCCCUCCGCUUCCCAAGAAGGGUUUGCAUAAGAGAAUGCGAUCAAGAGAACUUACUGGUGACGACAAUGUCCAAACAUUUGAUAAAGAGGAUCUUGCAAGCCCCGUCCAGGAAGAGAGUGAUCUUGAAGCCGAGAACUCGCCUGGGGGUCCAGGAAUUCUGGUUGCUGCACCCUCCCAAGAAGAGGUGGAUAAAGCUGCAGCCAACAUGGCAUCAUCAACAUCACCCGCCAUCCAAAAGGUCGACCCGCCAGCAUCUAAUGAGACGUCUAAGAUUUCUUCGUCAUCUGGGUUUGCCAAUGCCUCUGCAACGUCCCCUUUCGGCAACCUGGCUUCUCCUAAAUCUCCUUCUCCAACCACGCAGUCUAUUUCUUCUCCCGAUAAAUCUACCUCAAUCUCGGCAUUUGCCUCCUCUGGUUUGUCGGCUUUUGCUUCAUCUGAGAAGUCACCCUUUGGUAUGGUUGGAACCACUGCCAAAACCUCGUCUGGAGGCUUCGGCUCGGCUACAGGAGGCUUUGGUGGCGCAUCACCAUUUGCUAGCAAACCCUUAUCGGGGUUUGGCUCGGGUGGUGGAUUUGGAAGUGGUGGAGGGUUUGGUGGUGCUGGUGGUGGUGGUUUUGGCGGCAGCACGUCAAAACCAUUUGGUACCGGCGCUACAUCGUUCGCUGGAGCUGCAGCAGCUGGCACAUUCGGCAACGCAAAGCCAUUCACAUCGUCUAAGCAAGAUGAUGACGAUACCAGUCAGCACGACGCAGAUGGUGAUGAGCAACAUCAAACAGAAGAUGACACCCAACAAGACCCCCGUUUCAAAGAACAAGAGCAUAGUAAGUCUAUCAAAAGUUGUGAAGAUAGUAUCUCCUAUACUUAUGCAUCCGCAGUUGAGACCGGAGAGGAAGAAGAGAAGACAGUGUUCAGUUGUCGAGCCAAGCUGUAUCACUUUGAGAAGGAGUGGAAAGAGCGCGGAGCAGGGGUUUUCAAGAUCAAUGUGCGUUACGAGGCAUCAUCACUGUCUGUUACAAAAGACGAAACCACCGAAUCAGAGGCUGGUGAAAGCAAAGAUGAUUCAGAAGCUGAUCUUGAAGCCGGCGAUGAACUUGGGCCCCAACUCGAACGCAAGGGCCGCCUUCUCAUGCGUACAGACGGUGUUCAUCGUGUUGUACUCAACACACCAGUGUUCAAAGACAUGAACGUGGGGACACUUGAUGGAGGAGAACCAUCAGGGAAGACCAUGUUUUUGACAGGCUUGGAAGAUGGCAAACCCAUGAAUCUGCAGAUCAAGGUUGGCAAGGAAGACUUCCUGAAGGAAAUCUACCACAAAAUUAGGGAGUUACAGGAAGACCUGUGA